GCGCGUAAAGUUGUGUUGACAGGGGCGGCGGCAGCGGCAGGAGUUGCCAAAGGAACAGCAGCAACCAGCCUCAACGGACCCGAAUGGAGUAAAGUAAAAUCUGUCAUUUUAGGCCGCGUUUGUGUUAUAGCUCCCAAGAAGCGCUUUUACACACCACUGAGGAAACAAACAUGGCAGACGAACAGUCCACCCAGUCCUGGACCAUUAACAGGGAUGACUACGAACUCAACGAGGUGAUAGGGAGUGGAGCCACUGCAGUUGUUCAGGCAGCAUACUGCAAGCCAAGAAAGGAGAAGGUGGCCAUCAAACGCAUCAACCUGGAAAAGUGUCAAACUAGCAUGGAUGAGCUCCUGAAAGAGAUUCAGGCUAUGAGCCAGUGCCACCAUCCAAACAUUGUGUCUUAUUAUACCUCCUUUGUGGUGAAAGAUGAACUGUGGCUGGUGAUGAAGCUGCUCAGUGGUGGCUCCGUGUUGGACAUCAUCAAGCACAUCAUCUCACGCGGCGAGCACAGGAACGGAGUGUUGGACGAGGCCAGCAUCGCUACGAUCCUGAAGGAAGUCUUAGAGGGGCUGGAGUACCUUCACAAAAACGGACAGAUUCAUCGAGACCUUAAGGCCGGAAACAUUCUUCUCGGAGACGACGGCUCAGUGCAGAUAGCUGACUUUGGUGUGAGUGCCUUUCUAGCCACAGGGGGAGACAUGACGAGGAAUAAGGUUCGGAAGACGUUUGUAGGGACGCCAUGCUGGAUGGCGCCGGAGGUCAUGGAGCAGGUCCGUGGCUACGACUUCAAAGCAGACAUCUGGAGCUUUGGGAUAACCGCUAUCGAACUGGCCACUGGGGCCGCGCCGUAUCACAAAUACCCACCAAUGAAGGUGUUGAUGCUGACUCUGCAGAACGACCCUCCUUGUCUGGAGACGGGUAUUGCGGACAAAGAAAUGGUGAAGAAAUACGGCAAGUCGUUCAGGAAGAUGAUCUCCUUGUGUUUACAGAAAGAUCCAGAGAAAAGACCAACGGCUGCCGAGCUGCUGAAACACAAAUUCUUUACGAAAGCCAAGAACAACGAGUACUUGGAGGAAAAGCUACUGAUGAAAGGCCCCACAAUAUCAGACCGAUCUAAAAAGGUGCGUCGCGUGCCCGGUUCGAGUGGCCGCCUCCACAAGACGGAAGACGGCGGAUGGGAGUGGAGCGACGACGAGCUGGACGAGGAGAGCGAGGAGGGAAAAGCCGCCGUGGCCGCCCUGAGGUCACCCAGAGUGAAGGACGGCUCCCAAAACAUGGAGCUUUUCCCGCCAGCAGAUGGCGCCACCACGCAUCUGCAGCCGCCCGGAGCUGCACACGAGAGACCAGCAAACCUGGCUGCAGCAGGAGACGAAGCUCCGCCGCAGGCUGCCACCCAGCCGGCGAGCCCUUCACACGGACCUGCGGUUCAGGAUCCUGCAGCCUCCAGCGUUCCCAUCAGCCUCGUCCUCAGACUGAGGAACAACAAGAAGGAGCUCAAUGACAUCCGUUUUGAGUUCAUGAGUGGCAGAGACUCUGCUGAUGGCGUCUCUCAGGAGCUGGUCUCAGCCGGUCUGGUUGAUGGGAGGGACUUGGUCAUUGUUGCUGCCAAUUUGCAGAAGAUUGUUGAUGAUCCUCAGAGUAACAAAAAUGUGACCUUUAAACUGGCGUCUGGUGUGGAGGAGUCCGAGAUUCCCGACGAUAUAAAGCUGAUCGGAUUUGCGCAGCUCAGCAUCAGUUAAGUGGAGCAGAGUUGGCGAAAUAAGACUGAAACGUAUGGGUUUUGCACAGCUGCAUUGUAGUCAACUCCAAGGACCCACUACUGCCAAAGAGAGGAGACUGAGGAUGAUGAUGAUGAUGAGGAGGAGGAGGAAGAGGAGUGAGGUUGGCAGGAGUGUGACUCUACUGCAGGAUGCACGAGGACCACACCAAGGGGCUCAGCUCAUCACAGGAACCACACUUGAAAUGUUUACAGUGCGCUUAUAGAGUUUAACGGGAGAGAAAAAUGCAAUCAACUAUUAUCAGCUCCUAAUUUGUUUUCCUUCUAGUCCUCCUCCGCGUACACAAGCACAAUCCAAACCAUCUCCUGCCAGUACUGGAAACUGAUGGCCUUUUUUAAAAAAAAAAAUUGUAUUUAUUUUUUCUCUCUUUUCUUUCUGUUUUUUAAAAUCAGUUUGUGCCACAAAGCUCGAGAGUGUCGUGCCACUGUCACGCGGCGCUUUCUGCUACACUGAAACUGAAAGUUCAGCCUUAGCUACCGUAAACUUCCCUCUCCCCCCCCCGAGUGUUUGGUAAACGAAGAAAUUACUUUCUUCAUAAAAAAAAAAAACAUAUCAAAGAAAUCUAAGCAUGUCCCUCGAAGUUCGAUACUGUACCUAAACGCAUCGCAGCAAAGUUCUCGGAUCCAGACUCCUGUACGAAGCGUCAGAAAUGGUGUAAAGAAUCGGAAAACAUCAGCAAGGAUUUCAGCACUGUUAAAACUAUUCUCAUGUGAGCAGCAGCGGCUUCAAUUCUUUUCUUUAUCUUUUUUAUGAAGUACUUUAUCAACUGGUAUUUUCUGAUGUAGUGCACACAGGUUUAUUUUCUCUCACUGAGCUCUGCCUAAUAUUCUUCUUCUAUGCAAUAGUGCUGUCUAUUUCAUCAUAUUUCACCACCGGUUGCUGUUUGUUGCUACUUUGUUUUUGCAUAAAACUGCUAUAUUUAAAAUUUUUUGUGCGUGCGCCUCCAAAAAGGAGUUCAUCAAAGGUCAACCAGCAGAAAUAGGCAUCUUUAGGAACCUGCUGCAGAAAGUUACAAUACUAAAAACCCGACUCAUCAACAGUUUGACGUGUAGGAUGAUUGCUAUCCAUUUUUUUCCCUGUAAGAAAUAAUUCAGCCUUGUGGCAACUGAUGACCUGACAGCUGCAGAGAAUCCUGAAUGCUGGUGACGGGUGUCGAGUCCGAGGUGACUCAUGUUACACGCUGACUACGAGUGAACUUCUGUGGAGGCAUGCAUGCUCAAAACCUGGAAAUGUUCUUCCAAAGUCAAAUAAAGCUUAUAGGGGCAGCUUACUCUCAUAGCUGUUGGGAUUGUCCUUUUCUAUGCGGUGGAUAAAAUUUUUUUGUUGUUUUAUUUUGAAGGUCUUUCUGUACUUCACUGCAAUUUAGCUGCUACCACAUACAACGCAAAUGAAUACUGAGUCAUGGCUGUAUGCGUGAAAUCUGGUCUACACUUAUGGGAAACUAGUGUCUUUAAAAAACUAGUAACAUGUCCUAACAUAACCUGAGUAGCAACAGGAAUUGAUACACAAAAUACACAUGUACAUAACGUUCAUACUUUUAACCCUCCCGCAGUCUGUGAAUGGUUACAUGCGCUUUUACGAGGCAUUUUUUUGUGUGUGUGGUUCUGGGAACUGAUGGUCUGAUGGAACAAACCUUCCCCACUGUAGGAACAUUUGCUGAGUUCCUCCUGAGUGUCGCGCUAAAGCUAGGUUCAUGGUGAGGCUUGCAUGAGGGGGUGCGUGCCUAACGUGUUCACCUGGCGCGCUGCCAUGGCGCCAGGUGAACUCUUUGCCAUGGCGCCUCUUUAUUUGCGUGCAGAUUGCGCUCAUCAUCUUGACGGUGCUGCUGCAGAGCAGGUCGCCCUGCACUGGCAUGUAUAUAAACCCUUUUAUGGAGGCUCAUUUUAGGAGAAUAUGUUGUCAACGUACGAGUCAAACGUAAACUCCAAACCGCUGGCUCGGCUCACGAGCGCUCAACACAAGCUCCACCUUCCAGACCGCGGGAGGGUUAAAGUAUCCCGCCUGUCCUCAAACUGUUAAUUUCCCAACAAAAAAAAUCCUAACUCCAGUCACUAGACUGUAUCAAAGCUGCAGCGUGUGUUUCUGUUCUGUGCCUCUGCAGUGUUUUCUCUGGUUUCCGUAUCAACCAGUCAGUGUUGAUGUUCAUUUAAAAGCCCCUGAGUGCCCUCAUCAACUUACUGACAGGGACAGACGGGACACAUUUGUUAACCCCUUCUGUGCAAAAAGCAUAAACUCAUUUUUGUAUCUCUUUCAUUAACAGAAACUGUUGCAGAACUCUAUUCUGAAUAGUCCAGAAAAAUGCAAACUUUAAUUUAAGUACAUUUAUUUAAUUUAAAAAAACAAAACACAAUUGUUGGCACCAAUAAAAAGUUAGUCUAAGCAUUUUUUUUUGUUUAUCUUUACACUUUUAAGUUGAUCAGACUUUUUAGGAAUUUUAUAUAAUAAUCUGACUUUUUGCAUCUCUGGGGUGUAAAUAUAAAAUGACCGGGAGAUGGUAGAAAAAUAUAAAUGCGAUACGUUAUGUGGAUAUCGCCAAUAUCGACUCCAGUACUUUAAGUGUGAUGCACCAUCAAACCUCUGACCUUUAGAAAUGUUUGUGGUUUUUCCUUUGAAUUAUUUUUGUUUAAACCUGCAGAAUUUUGAUAAAGUUUAAAAGUUUAAAGGUGUCUACAAAAUGCGUUAGUAGCAUAUUAACAUGAAUAACAGAAACAACAGAAAAACAAAAGAUUUGUGUGCAUUGUUUAUCAAUAUAUUGUUUAUCCUUUUAGGAAAAUCAAAGCAAACCUUUUGGGUUUAUUUUUUUUUUUUUUUAGAGUUAAGAAUCUACUGUAUAAUACAAUUUCAAAGAGGAAUUUAAAACUAAAGUAUUGAUCUUUCCAGGCUAGUAUCGAUUUGAUACGAUACCAACAUGGCAUCGAUAUUGAUAUUUUGGAUCGCUCCGCCCACUGGAUUCAAGCCCAGAUCCUCUGACAGGCAGGGGGCUCUUCUCUACAUGUUGGUCUGUCAUUUGGACACACCUGGAGUGUUUGUUGCCGUAAAGCUCCCAUCAUUUCAUGGUUGCAGUUCAUGUCCCACUACAGUAAACUUCCUUAUGUUUUGAUACAUAUGGAUCCUCGUCCAGACGGUGGGAGAUGAAAAAUGUGCCUGUGUCACGUUGUAUUUAUACCCCCGGUAAUUACUUACUACAAUUGGAAUACUUCUUAGAGGUUCCUGGAAACUCUG